UCCAGAAUCGACUCUGUCACUUGAGUGGGCUCCCUUCGUUGGCGCGCCGUCUCAUUCGUUACCCGCCACUCACUGCCACUGUUGGUGGGGGGGGGGUCACCGCUAAUUGCUGCGCUCGUUGUUGUCAACUACCCACCCAGCCUGGUCAACAACUCCCCGCCAGGUGGACAACUCCCCUCCUGGUGAGUGAGGCGGCCAUGGCGGCGGCGUCGUCGUCGUCGUCCCGGCCGAGGCGCGGGGCGCUGCUGAGGCCGCUGGGCGCGGGGGCCGCGGGCGACGUGGAGGUGCCGCGCAGCGGCGUCACCCGCAUCGGUCGCGGCCCUCUACUCGGGGUGACGGACAAAAGAGUGUCCAGAGAGCAUGGACUGCUAGAGCUGGUUGAGGGCAAGCUGCGAUUGAAGCCGCUGCACGUGAACCCGUGCUACCACGGCACGCAGGGCUCUACGGCCCUGCGGCCGCUGCCCCAGGGCGAGUGGACGUGGCUGCAGCCGGGGGACCGUCUGGCGCUGCUUGCCGAUGCCUUCGUGUACGAGGUCAUCUACGUGCCCGAGGACGGUGGCCCCCGUGUUAAGGAAAGUGCUCAGGCCGAUGAUGAAAGUCAGCAUGUGGAAGAACAACUUGUGGGCAAGGAAGUGUUUCCUGAGGAAACAAAAGGAGAAUGGCUCAUCAAUUCACCCAAGUUGGAACCUCGUACCAGCCAAGGAGAACAGCAGAGCACUAGCUCGGCCCUGGCAGUGUCACAUCGUACUGGGCCUAAGAAAGAAAACGGCACAUCCUGCGCUCCUGACACCAGCCAGCACUUCCCACAUCCAUCACAGGCGGAUGCAGCUAGUGGUGAGCAACCGAAUAUUCAGAGGGAGCGCAAGCUGCCGGCGUGGAUGCUGACCGAUGAUGACGAUGUGCAGGAGAAGUCUCCCACCAAGUCCAAGGGGGGGAAGGGCAAAGGCAGUGCGAAACCACAAGCAGCACAUGGCCAAAGAGCUGGGAAGAGGAGGGGACCGGGGAGUGAUGAUGAGGAUGAGGUGGAAAUUGGGACUCAGAAAAAAAGAAAGAUAACAUCAACAAAGGUCAAGAAGCAAGAGGAAGAUCGGAAAAGCUCUUUUGGAAAUGAGGAGCCUGGGAGUUGUGAUGAUCUGAAUGAAUUACCUGCAGAAAGUGACUUGGCCAGUGUGAAUUCAGCAGGAGACCCAAGGCAGAAGGAAGAGGCAGUCCCCCCAGCACGGGAAGAUCAACUUGAUGUUCCACAAACGUCAUCUGGCCAGUCUGUAAGCUCACAGCGCUCAUUGCAGCAGCAGCAGCAGCCUGUGCAUCCUGGGGGAUCUCAGAGACGUAGUCCCUCACCCGGGGACUCUGGCCGUGGGGAAGGAACCCCUCCCCAGAAGAUGCAGCGCACGCCUUGCCUAUACGCAGAGAGGUGCUACAGGAAGAACCCAUUGCAUUUCCAAGAAUGCAGCCAUCCCGGGGAUCUUGAUUACGUGGUGGAUGAUGAAGUGGCAGAUACUGACAAGCCCGACUGUCCAUAUGGCACUUCCUGCUACAGACAGAACCCGCAACACAGGAUGGCAUUCAACCACACAAAUCCCCCAGUUGCAGGGACCGGGCGAUCACAAAGGAGAACUACCAAGAGAGCGAACGAUGAAGACAGCGGCGAUGACGGCGAAGACUCCGACCUGGAAGACAGCUUCAUUGACGAUGACGAUUAUUCGGAGGGUGAGGAGGGCUCGGAGUGGGAUCCAGAGCUCUCGGACGGAGAGGAGGACAUUAAAACGCUCAAAAAGGAGGCCAAGCAAUUCAUUCGCAAGAAAAAAGCGUAGCGACUUUUUUUAAAUUUUGUAUCAAUUGUGUUUCCUCAGAUACACAAAGUGGUGGAGAUUGUUUGUAUUGUUAAUUAAAAUGUUUUAAAUAUCUGUUUUAAUAAAUUUGCUAAUUUGAUUGGAAGUGCUUUACAAUAAUUACACAUUCAAGCGAUUAACAGAAUUUAGCGGUGUGUAUUUUUAAAGCCACACUUGUAUGCUUUUUCUAUGGAACAUUUGUAUGCUUAUGUUGCUGAAUGUGCCAGAAAAUUUUCACUGUCGGUGCUAAUCGGACUCUAAACCAUGACUUGGGGGUGUUUUAAUGACAGCAGAGUUAUAUUCAUAUUCUUGGUUCUUUCAGUAAAGUCACGUAGAAGGGAAAACCAAUAAAAUAAUAAAAAUAUUACACAAUAAAAUUCUCACGACGUUUCCAUUGCAACACAAGCAAUCAUCAGGUGUGAAAACCACAGCAGUUUAACCUUAGGCCAAGGCUCUGACAAACAAAUAAGACAUUUAGCCAGUGUUAACCAGUGCUGUGUAUGCAAAGCAUGCCUCGACCAUGUGUGGGCCAGUUCUGAAUGGUUACUAUCAUGAGUCCUUGAGACCAGACCAGCUACUUUCACCUGUCCAGUACCACCUGAAAUGGCGUCAAUUCAGCGUUUACAAUGUAUUAAUGUGGCCAACAAUAAUGAAAUUGUGGGGUAACCUUUUGGAACGAGUGUGUUAUCAAAUUCUUCUUUCGUACGGUGUUUGAAAAAAGCAAGAGGCUAUACGUUCCACGAGUGGGGUGCGUUCGUUCCACCAUGGUGCGUGUGUCAAAACAGCAAUCGCGGUGAUAUUUUUCUGAUGGUUUGCACCUCAAUGCACAGUUUAGUGGAGUCCCUGAUCUUCCAUUUAUGGAGGAAAUACCCUCACAACUUUCCACUGUGGUGUUUUUGGUUGGACACUGAUUGAGACUGGGUCCCUACUUCUCUCAUGGCUGAUGUAGAU